UUAUUCAGUUGCUAUUGGACUGUUUGUUGCGACAAUCGUGUGUGAAAGUUUUUUGUUUUGAAGGUUUUGGUAAAAUCAAAAAAUUUUUUCAACUUUCGCAUUGUCAUUGUUUAAUGCAUAUAUUAAGAAAUGACAAUUUCUCUUUUUGUGUGGCAAUAGUGGCAAUAGUUUAUCAUAUUUAUUUUACUUACCAAAAUAUAUAUUUUUGAAAAAGUUUCGAAGGUAAACACAAAAAUGGUAAACGAACUCAACAAACCGCCUUCACCGGAAAAUUUAGCGCUUGGUGAGCGCCUGAUCGAUUCGCAAAGGCAAUUGCAAGAGAUGCAGGAGGAACACCGACAGUUGCUACAAGAAAUGCAAGUACUACGACAACGAGCCGCUGCUUUGAGUCAUUUGAAUGAAGAGCAAUUCAGUCGUGUUGGCGAACAGCGAGGUGGAACGGCACCUAUACCUGAUGCACACGAAAAUAAUACAGACGCUCAACAGAACGAUUCUACAGAAUUUGCCGCUGCAGAAGUUGAGGAGCAAGAAGCCGCUACCAUUGCUUCACCAAAUGAUGGCGUGGAACAAAGCGAAAAUUUAAAUACAGAUAGCAGUCAAAAAACACUCAGUUCUUCACAAACGAAUGCGUCAGAAAACGAAGAGGAUAACGAUGAUCCUGAAACAGCGGAGUAUUUGCAGAAAAAGUUAGCGGAAAUUGCGGCUUUGAAAGCCCGUUUCAAGCAUGUUCAGAACAUUAUGAAUACCACUGAAAAGAUAGAGGAGCACAUAGCCUCGAGGGGUAUUCUAAAUAACACUGCUACAGCCGCAUUGGAGAGUACACUAACUAAAUUACUUAUUGCCGAUAGUAAAGACGAAGUGCAGUCUCCAUGUGUGACCAGCACAACGACUAUUCAGUCAACUACUAAAUUAAAUAAAAGCGAUACUAAUAUACAACCAUCUAGUAAAUUAAAUGAGAGCGAUACUGAAGUUAAAAAAUACGAAAAUACAGCGAACGAUGAGGAGCAAACUCAUAAUUCAUAUGUACCAUCACAGGUGACAAAUGAGGAGCUACUUUCAGCUAUGAUGAAUAUGUUUAGCGAUUUUACAGCAGAUUUGCGUAGUCAAGCGGAUGAUUUGCGUGCUGAACGUGAUCGUUUGCGUGCGCUUAAAGAAGAUCUUUUACGCAGGAAACGUCAGUCAUAAAAAAUAUAUAUAAUCAUUUUAUUUAAAAAAAUAUUAAUUGAUUGCUGGUGUAUAUGAACAAUACGUUCUUUUAAUAUAAUAUAAAGUCUACACAUCAUUAUAAUAUGUAUAUACAUAUAUCGAACGUAUGCGUGCUUUGGCUACUUUUAAAGUUUCAAAAGUAACGAUUAUUUAUUUACAUCAGAGUUGAUUCUAAAUAAAGUCUUAAUUGCAAUUAGCAUGAUAGAACAAACAA